AUGGUCCUUAUCGAACAAGUCGUCCUUAUUGCUUCCAUCUUGGUCACCUUUGGCGUCUGUCUUGCUACCACCAAGUUCGCCGCUCGCCUCUUCCCCAACUUCGAACCUCUUCAGUUUUACGACGCUGCUACCGACCCAAUGGAGCUCAACGUCGUCCUCGCCUUCCUCGUGGGGCUGGUCCUCUCGGUCACCGCCCUGCUCUACUUUGACGCCCGCAAGCUCAAGCCCGUGCUCAACCCCACACAAUGGCAACAGUACCGUUUGAUGGAGAAGGAGAAGCUCUCCGAAAACACGGCGCUCUAUCGCUUCAAGCUCUCCCGCGCUAACAACAUCCUCGGUCUUCCUAUCGGACAGCACAUCUCCGUCAAGGCCACCAUCGACGGCAAGGAUGUGCAGCGCUCGUACACCCCUACUUCGUCGGACGACGACCACGGAUUCUUUGACCUCGUGGUCAAGUCCUACGAGAAGGGUAACGUCUCCAAGUACAUUGGCGCUAUGAAGAUUGGCGACCUGCUCUCCGUCAAGGGGCCCAAGGGUCAGAUGCGAUACGGUCCCGGUCUCUGCCGUCACAUUGGCAUGAUUGCUGGUGGUACCGGUCUCACCCCUUGCCUGCAGAUUAUCCGCGCUGCGCUCAAGAACCCCAAAGACGACACCAAGAUCGAUUUUAUCUACGCCAACGUCAACGUCAGCGACAUUCUCCUCAAGAACGAGCUGGAUGAGCUCGCCGAGAAGCACAAGGACCAGUUCCGCGUUCACUACUUUGUCAACGAGGCUCCCGAUGGCUGGAAGGGCGGUGUCGGUUUCGUCACCAAGGAAGCCGUCGAGGAGUUCAUGCCAAAGCCCGCCGACGACAUCAAGAUCCUCUAUUGUGGACCCCCUCCUAUGCGUGAUGCUGUCCUCAAGCACCUCGAUGCGCUUGGAUACGAGAAGCCUCGAUCCGUCAGCAAGCUCGAGGACCAGGUCUUCUGCUUCUAA